AUCUCGAAGGCAGAUUAACUUCUUGUUUCCACCUCAUGUUUCCGGUUCUUCUGUGAUUUUCGAGGAAAAGGAAGGAAGUAACAAUGGCGGACGCUGCUCCAGCCGCACGCGGUGGCUUUCGUGGAGGUUUUGGUUCUCGCGGAGCGGGUGAUCGCGGAGGACUGAGAGGUCGAGGUAGAGGUAGAGGCAGAGGACGCGGCCGUGGACGUGGCAAGGAGGAUAGCAAAGAAUGGGUCCCUGUUACCAAGCUGGGUCGUCUAGUCAGAGAUGGCAAGAUUCAGUCUCUCGAGCACAUCUACUUGUUUUCCUUACCCAUUAAGGAGUACGAAAUCAUCGAUAAAUUCCUUGGACCAGAUCUAAAGGACGAGGUUCUAAAAAUCAUGCCAGUACAGAAGCAGACACGUGCCGGUCAACGUACACGUUUCAAGGCUUUCGUUGCCAUCGGAGACAGCAAUGGACAUAUUGGACUGGGAGUAAAAUGCUCCAAGGAAGUAGCCACUGCGAUUCGCGGUGCUAUUAUUUUGGCUAAGCUGUCCGUUGUACCAGUUCGACGCGGAUAUUGGGGUAACAAGAUCGGCAAGCCGCACACGGUGCCUUGCAAGGUAACCGGCAAGUGCGGUUCUGUGCAGGUGCGUCUAAUACCUGCACCCAGAGGUACCGGCAUUGUAUCCGCCCCAGUUCCCAAGAAGCUUCUUCAGAUGGCUGGUAUCGAGGACUGCUAUACCUCAGCUAGAGGAUCAACCUGCACACUCGGUAACUUCGCCAAGGCCACUUAUGCUGCGAUCGCCAAGACUUACGCGUAUCUGACGCCUGACUUGUGGAAGGAGCAAGCUCUGGCUAAGGCACCGUAUCAAGAAUUCGCUGAUUAUCUGUCUAAGACUCACAAAGGAGGCGCGAGAGCAGCCGAAGUUGUCUAAAUAAACAUCUAGCCCCCAUGAAAGCGCUUUGAAAAAUUGUAAAACAA